AUGGCUACUUUACAUUCUCCACAAGCAAAAGAUACUAAUAAAAAUCGAAGUGCUCGGCGAUCACUUGUUUCUGAUGCAUUUCUUUUGUCAACAGGGGAAUCAACUGGACAUAAGAUAAGUCCAAUUAACAUUACAGAUGAAAUUUAUGAAAGUGUUAUUUUUAUUUGGUUCGAUCCACAUGAAAAUUUGAAUACACAUCUUAUGGGACCACUUCGAGCAAUUAAUUUUAAUGUUCAAACUUUUACGGAUCCAUUAACCUGUUUUGAUACUAUAAAAUCUUCACAACAAAAAAUCUUUUUCAUAUCUUCAUUAUGUAAUAAUGAAUUGAUUGCUACUGUACAUGAUUUUAAUGCUGUCGAAGCAAUUUUUAUACUUGAUCCAAAUAAUGAAAAUAUUAAAGGUGAUUUUCCAAAACUUUUUGGUAUAUUUAAUCAACAAGAAGAAUUACUUCGAAUGCUUAAAGAAAUAUUUAAUACUUUUGAAGAAAUACAACUUGAAGAAUUUGCAUUUGAACAAGAUAAAGUAUUUCUUUGGUCACAAUUAUGGAAAGAAGAUGUAAGAUCAUCAAAUAGAAAUGGUCUUAUUGAAAUAGCUCGACGCUAUUAUCGAGACAAUACUCGAAUAAUUGAAAUUAUUGAAGAAUUCGAAAAAUCAUAUCGACAUGCUGAUGUCAUUAGUUGGUGUUUUCGUUCUCCAUUUCCUACACGUUUUCUUCUUCAUGCGCUUCGUUCUCACAAUAAAGCACAACUUAGUGUCUGUCGAUUUCUAUUUGCUGAUGCAUCACGCUUCUUUCAACAACAUUCUAAACAUAAAUCAAGUGAUCAAGUUUAUCGUGGUAUGAAAUUAUCAAGUGAACUUCUUGAUAAAUUUGAAACUCAUGUUGGUCAACUUAUUUGUACAAGUGGAUUUUUUCCUUGUACUAAAUCAAGAACAAAUGCAUUGACACUUGCUUCAUUACCAACAUAUCGUCCUGAUCUUUUAUCUGUUUUAUUUAAAAUUGAUUGUGAUGCAUCAUCUUUAUUUACUGAAUUAUCAAAUAAACAUUCGACAUCAUUGAUUGCAUUUGAUGCUUGUAUGACAUUUCGUAUUGUCUAUGUUAAUCGUGGUCAAAUGUCAACUGUAAAAUUGAAAACAGCUGGUGAUGCUGGCAAAAAAAUAGCUUUAGAAUAUUUAGAAAAGCAUCCGAAUGAAACAAUACAAUCAUUACGUGAUGAACUUUUGAAACCUCCCAAACCACCGACACCACCUCCUCGAACACCAACACCACCUCCAAAACCAAAGUCAGCAUUAGUUCACAUAAAAAAUUCAAUAGACCCAGUGAUAAGUGUUGAAGAAAUAAAAGCACAGAAAUAUGCUGAACAAGGAGACAUUGAUAUGGCUUUAAUAACUUAUCAACGUAUUCAACCUGUUACAGUUCGUAUACUCAAUGCCAUGGGUCAAUUAUCUGCCGAUAGAAAGGGUGAUUAUGAUUAUGCCUUGCAAUGCCAUCAACAGGCUCUUAAACUUCAAGAAGCAUCUGGAGAGAAUAUUUCUGAUACUCUCACUUAUCUUGGAAAUGUUUAUCAAAGUCGUGGUGAAUUCGAUUUAGCUUUAGAUCAUCAUACACGUGCACUCGCAUUACAUCAAGUUAAUCCAACAACUGAAUCAGUGGCAAUCGCUUCUAAUCUUAUUGGAAUUGCUAAAGCUCGUUGGGGUCGUCAUGAAUAUUCUGAAGCAAUUGCUAAUGGUGAACGAGCAUUAGCUUUGCAAGAAAUUCUUAUACCUCCAAAUGAAACAAGUAUAGCUACUACUCUAGCUUUGCUAGGUAACAUUUAUCAAGAUUCUGGUGAUAGUACUCAUGCUAUUGAUUUAUGUACAAAAGCACUUCCCCUUUUCGAACGUACCGUACCCAAUGAUUCACUCAUAUUAGCUGAACUACUCUAUAAGCUAGGCAUAAUGCAGUCAAGUUCAGGAGCGUUAGAUGAUGCACAACGAUGUUUAGAACAAUCAUACAAAAUUUAUCGAAAACUUCUACCUAGAGGACAUCAAGACCGUAUGUCGACAGAAAAUGAACUUCGACGUGUUAUUCAAUUACGUCAAAAGAACAAACAAAAGUCACAAACAAAUUCAUGA